UUCGACGUCUUGCAAAAGCAGAUAAAGAGACAACAACUUUUCGCAUUUUACUUCAAAAAAUAUACCUUUUGGAACAAGAAAAUGGCUCCAAAAAGGAAUGGCUGAUAUACCACUGGGUUCUACGCUUCAGUAACGUAUCAAUUAUAAUUCAAUAGUGGGGAGAACAUCGAGCCUCAGCAGCACGAAUUAGUGAAAGAUGUCGUCUGUUCACUACAAGUUCAAGAGUAGCAUCGAGUAUGACACGGUCACGUUUGAUGGGCUGAGCAUUUCUCUGGCGGAUCUCAAGAAGGCUAUAUGUGCCCAGAAGAAAAUAACCAGGGCAGAGUUUGACCUUCAGAUCACAAACGCUCAGAAUAGAGAAGAGUAUAUCAGUAAUGAUGACUUGAUCCCAAAGAAUGCCUCAGUAGUGGUAGUGCGAGUGCCCAUCGGUGGACUACGGGCCAACAUCACAGCGGAGCCUACGAGGACCGACGGCCAGCAGAAACCAGGUGAAGAUGCUACUAGAUUGACGGUUGACCAACUCAAGAAGACUCAUGAUAUUGCCAAUGCUAACGCUUCUGAAGCUGACAAAAUCCAGGCUGCUCUGUACCAGUCUUAUCAUGACUACGACCCUUCAAAAUUUGAGCGAUAUGGUAGAUAUGGUGGUGGAGGUAAUAUCCGUCCCAGCCAGAACUACACAUGUAAUCGAUGUCGUAAGCCAGGUCACUUCAUCCGGGACUGUCCAGUCAGAGGGCCGCCGCCGGAACCUGGACGUCCAGCUUACUCCAACCCACGCUUCCCCAGAGUCAGCACAGGAAUCCCAAGAGAGUUUAUGCAAACUGUUCAGGACCCCUCCACCAAAGGAGCCAAGCUAACAAGCUCGGGUCACUAUGCCGUGCCCAAAAUAGACUACAACGCCUACCAGACCAUCAAGAAGGAGAAACAUCCUUUCUUGAAGAGCAACUCCCCAGAGCAUGAGGAGGAAAAGGUCGAAAUCCCUGAGCAGUUAUUGUGUCCACUAUGCAGUAAUCUCAUGACUGACUCAGUGCUGAUUCCAUGCUGUGGAGAAAGCUUCUGUGAUGAAUGUAUCAGGAACUAUCUGCUGGAGACUGACGACCAUGAAUGUCCGACCUGCAAAGAGACUGAUGUGUCACCAAACUCCCUCAUCCCCAACAAAGCUCUCAGACAGAACGCCAUGGAUUUCCAAAACGAGACGGGUUUCGUCAAGAAGAUUGUUCAGAAACCUCGACGUCGUCCAGUGAAGCCUGUGUCCCCGCCACCGCCACCUCCCCCUCCCCCACGUACCCAGCCCAAGCCUGCACCUGUGUCAUCAGUGUCCACAGUUGUGACAAACUCCAAGCCGGAUGUAGACCAGCCCAAGCAACAAGUACCUGUUCUUGAGAGAAGACCAUACACACCAAGAUUGAGUGCGCCAAGAAUGAAUGGCCCAAGACCUCAGUCGGACUACCAACCUAGACACAGCAUGAACAAUCAGCCAAGACAUCCAAUGGAUGGUCAUGGCGGUGGUCCAAGAUACCCCAGCCCCAGAUACCAAGGUCCACCAUCUAAUCAUCAAGGCCCAAGGCCCAGCUAUGACAACAGGCCACCUCCUGGACACCAUGGUGGACCCCCUCCAAACAUGGGACCACAUGUUCCCCCUCCACCUUCACACCAAGGACCCCCUCACCAAGGCCCUCCGCAGCAAGGACCCCCGCAUCAAGGACCUCCGCACCAAGGACCCCCACAUCAAGGACCUCGACACCAAGGUCCUCGGCACCAAGGCCCUCCACACCAAGGCCCACCACACCAAGGCCCACCUCAUCAAGGCCCUCCCCAUCAAGGACCUCCAUCAGGUCCCCCACACCAAGGCCCUCCACAUCCAGGCCCCCCACACCAAGGGCCUCCACACCAAGGCCCACCCAAUCAGGGCCCACCUCGUCAGGGCCCACCUCAUCAAGGCCCGCCUCAUCAAGGCCCCCCACAUCAAGGUCCCCCUCAUCAAGGUCCCCCUCAUCAAGGUCCCCCGCACCAAGGUCACCCUCCUAGAGGGCCCCAUCCAAGAGGCCCACCAAGAGGCCCACCACAGCAGCAGCCACGAUUCCAAGGACCUCCACAGCAAGGUCCACCUCGUGGCCCAUCACCUCGAGGCCCGCCGCCCCCAAGACCUCCUUAUAAUCACCAGCACCCUCCUUUCCAAGGACCCCCUGGGUCAGGCCUCCUACCACCUCGCCCCCAAGGCCCUCCACAGCGUCACCCUGGUCCCCCACCACAACAUGGAGGCCCACCGCCACCUCAAGGUCCGCCAUCGGCAUCGCAACCAAACUACCAGGGACCGCCUCAACCCUUGCCUCCGCCUCACCAACAAGGGCCGCCACCACCGAACCAGGGACCACCAAACCAGGGACCACCAUCGGGUGCACCACCUCCAAACAUGCCUCCUGCUCCCAUAACAGGACCUGCACCACCCAUGGUUCCUGGUCCACAUCCACUACAAGGUUCUCCAAUCAUUGAAGGGAUUCCACCUCCUGACCUGGCACUACCUCCGACUGUACCUCCUUUUGUACCAGCUGGACCUGGAACUAGGCCCCUGACGGAGCAGGAAUUCUACGAGGAGAAAAUGAGACUUAAACAUGAAGAACCUAAAAAACUAGACCCCAUGGAUGCAUUUGCACAAGAGCUGAUGGAGUACAAACGCAACCCAAAACAAAGAAAGCCUUCCCCAUCUCGCAGUAGGUCAUCUCGUUCCAGUAGCCACUCCUCCUGGUCAAGCUUCUCGAGCUCAAGAUCAAGGUCCUCAUCUCCAUCCGGCUCUAGGGGCAGAUCUAGGUCUAGGUCCAGAUCGCGAUCUCGGAACAAAGUCAAACGAAGAUCUCGAUCGCGCUCGAUAUCAAAACCAAGACAACGUCGAAGAACGCGGUCCAGGUCAAGAGACAACAAGCGAAGGCAGCCAGUGCAGAGAUCUCGGUCGCCGCGGCAAAGAUCUCGCUCCCGGCACCGUUCUCUGUCUCCUCGUAGACAGCGGCGAUCAAGAUCACGCUCCUUUCCUAGAAUACGAGCUCCACUCAGACCCAAGCCAUACGUGCAGAGACGGUCUCCUAAUAGACCCAGAUCACCCCGUCCAUUUUUCAAUCAGAGAUCUCCUCGUUACCAACGAGACCAUUCUCCAUUUCCUCGUUACGACCCACGCUUCGAUCAACGAUUUGACCCCCAACAACCUCCUGCUAUGCAUUCCUACCCGCCACCACUUAUGCUACCAGCCCAUCCUGAGGAGCACUUUCCUCCUCAGCGUUUCCCGGAGGAAAGAUUUCCGAGAUAUGAUCAACCUUACAACCCAGACUUUAAUGGAAGACCAGAUUUCAGACCUGACUUCCGACCAGAUUUUAGACCUGACAUGAGACCUGAUAUGAGACCACAUGCACAGUACCCAGAUGCUCAUGAUGAACAAUAUAAUAUGUAUAGAAACCAGUACCCCGACGGCUAUCCAGAUAUGCCACCUCUUGCCCCAGGCGAUCCACAUGAUGCACCAUUUGACAGACAAUCGUGGGAGCGUCAAAACCACUCACCGUUUCGAGAAUCAGAUUCCAGACCUCAUCGAACAAGCCGAGAAAGAGACAGGCAUAGAAGAGGUGAUGGGGAGAGAUCGAAGGAUAAGGAGGUCAAAGAAAGAGAUAGAAAUAAGGAAAAUGUUGAUAAGAGGAGGAGCCAAGAAAAAGGUAAAAGUCGAGAUCGGAGCAGGGAAAGAGACAAGCAUGAAAGAGACAGGAGCAGGGAAAGAGACAGGAGCAGGGAAAGAGACAAGCAUGAAAGAGACAAAAGUAGAGAGACGGAGAAAUCCAAGGAAAGAGAGGAAAGGAAAGACAAAGACAGAGAGUGGAGCAAAGCUAAGGAAAAGGGACGUGAGCGAAAACAUUCAAGCUCAAAACACAAACGGAAGCACAAGCACAAAGAGGAUAAACCAGAUGACAAACAGACUGCUAAGAUUGAAGACAAAAAUGAUGACAAGGGAAAGACAGUUGAUAAAGAGAAUGCCAACGUCGUGGAGGAAAACUCGGACGCUCUCAAAAAGAUGAAAUCUCCUAAGCACAAAAAAACAAAGAAGAGUAAGAAAUCGGACUCCGAAGCCAAGAAUGUUGGCGAGGACAAAGAUGGCACUAAGGUUAAGAAGGAGAAGAAGAAUAAGGAUGAAAAGAAAAAGAAGAAAAGAAAGGUUGGUGCCAAAUCAGAAUCCGGUACGGAGCAACCAUCAAACUUGGACGAACCCAAAGCAAAGAAAGCCAAGAUUGAUGGUGACAAGGAACAAAUAAAAAAAUCAAAGAAGGAGGGCAAGAAGACUAAGAAAACUAAGUUGCCUAAGACUCUAAAUAAGGAGAACCAAUUAGAGACGGAUAUUUCAAAAAAAUCAGCCAUCAUAGCGGAUUACUCGAGCACAAGCUCAGUGGGCGGCAGCCCUGCCCCGCUAAAAACUGUUCUGGAUUCCUCAACCACUGACUUGAUAAAGACAGAAAUCAAAGAAGAAUCAGUUGAAGAUGAGAGGCUUGUCGUCCAAGCAAGAGGGCACAGAGCCUCAACCGAUUGGGGAAAUCCUUCUGAUCAGCUCGAAAGUAAAUUGCCUCCUGGUAAACUUUCUGACGGAUCUAUGAAACCAAAGGAAGAGCCCAUGGAGACGGGGGAAUCGACUCCAAGUAAAGACGUGGACACAGAAUCAAAAGAUAUAAAAUCAGAGGCUCAAAGCCCAGUUCACAAAACUGAAAACACUCCUCAGGAAAGUGACGAUAAAAAGUUAUUGACGCCUAAACUUGAGAGGAAUAUCAGCAUGCAAUCAGAUGACGCUAACAGUGAUCUAAUCACUGUGACAGUCCCUGUAUCACGGUGGGACAAGGACGAGUAUGAAUCAGAGCCAUCACCAGGACCAUCAGCUGCCCAGACACCAAAGACGCUGCUCGACUUGGAACACAGCGAAGAAACCUUUGAGCCAGAUUAUGAAGAAGAAUUGGACAUAGAGAAAGAGACUACAAAACCAGUUGAAGGCGAAAAGAAAUCUGAAAGUUUCUCAGAUGUGAAGAAGGGCCCUGUUAAAGAAAGGAAACCCAGCUCCAGCAAGGACCGAAGAAGUCCAGCAAAGGACAAAAAGGACAAAAAGGUGAAGGAAAACAAAACAAGCCCACCAAGAAAAAGAAGAAUUAGCCCUAUCAGAGCUCCAUCAAGCCCUCGACCGAAAAAGACCAGCCCUGUUAGAACUUCAUCGAGUCCUAAGGCAAAAGACAGAAAACACAGUCCAGUGCCGGCUAAGAAACGAAGCCCAACAAGAGAGAGAAAGAGCAGUCCUGCACAUAUCAAAAGAAGCAGUCCAAGCCGAGAAAGACACAGGAGCCCGUCAAGGGAACAGACAAGGAUGCGUAGCCCCAGUAGAGAAGUUAGAAUCAGUCCUGCUAGAAACAGACGACAUGGAAGCCCAGUGAGGGAGAGAUGGGUUCCAACAAACCGAGAAAAAGGGAGUCAAGGUAGAGAUCGCAGAGAAAGUCCACCUCGAGAAAGGGGGAGUCAGGGUAGAGAUCGCAGAGAAAGCCCACCCCGAGAAAGGGGAAGUCAAGUUAGAGAUCGCAGAGAAAGCCCACCCCGAGAAAGGGGAAGUCAAGUUAGAGAUCGCAGAGAAAGCCCACCUCGUGACCGGGGAAGUCAAGUUAGAGAUCGCAGAGAAAGCCCACCUCAUGACAGGGGAAGUCAAGUUAGAGAUCGCAGAGAUAGCCCACCUCGAGAAAGGGGAAGUCAAGUUAGAGAUCGCAGAGAAAGCCCACCUCGUGACAGGGGAAGUCAAGUUAGAGAUCGCAGAGAUAGCCCACCUCGAGACAGAAGACCAAGUCCAACCAGAGAGAGAACCCAUAUCCCUAUCAGAGACAGAAGAGGCAGCCCAAGUAGAGAAAGACGGCGAAGUCCAGUACAGGAGAGACGACAUAGUCCUGUUCGGGAGAUAAACACCAGAGAAAGAAGGGCAAGUCCGGGAAGAGAUCGUAGAAACAGUCCUUCUAGGGAACGGUAUUUAAGUCCCAAGCGAGAGGCAAGAUUAAGCCCUUCAAGGGAUCGGAAGCAGAGCCCAGAGCGGCGUAGGAGAGUCAGUCCAGUUGUAGAGAAGAUGGAAUCCAAGAGCCGGAAGGCGAGGAGUCCUAGCAAGAGCUCAAGCAGCAGCAGUAGCAGCGAGGAAGAAGAGAGUUCAAGCAGCUCCAGCGAGGAGAGUAGCCCAAGCCGAAGCCCCAGCAAGGAAAGGAGCUCAAAGAAGAAACACAAGAAACACCGAAAGCACAAGAAACAUAAGAAGACUAGUAAGAAGUCCAAAAAGGUAUCUUCACAUAAACACAAACACAAAAAGAGCAAGAAGAAGAAGAGUAAACAAAAGGAGUAAGGAAUUGCAUUUAAAAAGAAAAAAUUAUCUGGUUUGUUGACUCUCACUCUAGUCUUAUUUCUUACCGACUAGUAGGUAACCCCUCCUGACCUGUCUAAGAAGUAUAAUAAAACAAGAAGUUUUCUUCUUCUUUUUCUUUUCUUUUUUCUAGCAAAUUUAAAAAAGAAAUGUCAAGCCAACAGUCCUCCUGACUUAUCAAAAAAGUAGCCGAUAUGUUUAAAAAGUGCAUUCAUUGUUUUGUGUGUACAAAAAAGAUUAUCAGCCCCCCAAAAAAUCAAAAUGUGACCAGAAUUGAGAGACGCCAAAAAUGUUUUAUAAAAAAGGAAUAGAUAAUUACCGAAUGACAUAAUAAUGGCACUUUAAAGUUGGUGUUAAUUUCAAAAUAUAUGUUCUGGACAUUUUAUGUUUGUAUCAAUCUGUGCUUUUCACCCUACUUUGCUUAAAAAGCUGGGCACAUUAUGAAGUUUUACUAUAGCUGAAAAUGAGGUAAUUUUUAUGAUCUUGGGUUUAUAAUUUGUAUUAAACAUAAAGACUUUUUGUUUUUUUAAUCAAGAAAUUAAAUCAAGAUUUUUGUUUUGACUUUAGUAAUAUUAAUUUGACAAAAAUCAAGAAUGGAAUGACAAUGUUGUUCCUAAUUCAAUCUAAUUUGCUACUUGACUUUUCUUUCGCUGUAGUUGAUUUGAUAUAGAAGUCAGAGCUGGAAUGUUUUAACAAGGAUCAUAAGUUUGUCCUUAAAACUUUAAGGUGCUUGGUCUGAUUUUUGAUUUAAAUUUGAAAUGGCUAUUUUUAUAGAUUUAAGAAAGUUUCAUAUUUCAUUUGAGGUAUUGCACAGAAAAAAAGAUCCACCAAAGAUAAGUGGUAGUUAGCUAAAAACUAAAAAGAGCCGUUGUUGACAUCCUGCCACCAUCGGCAAUGUACACUUUUGCAUGUUAUAGUUGUUGUGCUAUGUUUGUUUUUCAUUUUGAAACAGCAUCUGUAAAAACUUGCUCAGAGGAAAAUGAUGUUAUUUUUGUAUGAAAGCUCAUUGAUUAAAAAGUUAAAAGCAUUACUAACUUUCAGAGAAGUUGUGCAAGCUGAAAUAUAAGAUGCACAAAAUAUUGUUUUCAUUGACGCAAUUUAUUCAGCCUAAAGUGCACAAACUAGCCUAACUGGAUUUUCUUUCUUUUCACCAAGUUUUAUGUUGAAACUUGAACAUGACUCACGGUGUGUAUUGAAGACUAGCACAUUUCUCUGACUAAAAAUGAAAACUGUCCCCUUGUUCUUCAUUAUUCCACACAGGGAAAAUUAAAAACACUGGGGUUCCAAGAAUCUCAAGUUUUUUUUGGAAAUUUUCGGAUAAAGUGUUGUGGGUUUUGUUGUUUGUUUGUUGCGUUGAUUGGUAUUGUUUGCAAUAUGUGUAUGUUGUGGAAAGUUGUUCAUUUCAACUUUAUAGUAAGGAAUACACAAUGAAGAAUAGCUGCACAGUUGAAGUUGCAAUAUAAUUUUCAAGGAGAUCAUUAUUGUCAAAUUUAUGUUAUAUGUAAAGCUUUUGUUUUUAUCAUCAUAAUCAUAAGAUUUACUGUGUCUAAAAGAAUAGCAGGGGAUGUGGAUUGCAGGUGAGGCUCUUUCCCCUCUUGCCAUUGAGUGAAUGUGAAGCGAAUUGACGUGAAUUUGACAUCACAACUCUGCCCUCGCUCCGAAUUUGCGAGAGAGUUGAGCACAACUGGACUGUUGCGAAUGAUUCAUUGCAAAAUUUUAAUGUCAAAAUUCGUUUCGCAUUCGCAGGAAUUCUGAACCAGGCUUAAGAAAGGUAUCAUCAUGUUUUUGUGGGGUGUUUUAGUGGGUGGUAUUUGUGGAUUUCGGCUGCUAUUGGUAUUCAAAAUUAUGCUGAGAAUUUCAAAGACAAAUUGAGAUGAGGGAGAAGCAGUCGUGUACCAAUACCCCCAGGUGCCACAAACCCUAUAAUAAGAACCCAUUGGUGUACAUUGGGUCCAUGCAUUCCAAGCAUAUGCAAGGAACAACCAGGGCCCAAUUUCAUACAGCUAAAGAAUUGUCUGCUAAGCAGAAUAGAGCAGGAUACCAGUCGCAAAUUGUACAUGCGUCAUGGUAGUUUGGCUGGUAACCUUAUUCUGGUAAGCAUAAUUUUGUUAAGCUGAGCUACUACAUUGUAUUUGUGCAUAAGCAACUCAAUGAAAUUGGACCCUGUCUGUUGUAGUUGAAACAUCUCUCGCUGAACUUAACUUUUGGUAAUAACUUUACACUCGGUGAAGUUUUGUUGAAUACUCACGAAUGAUUAUGAAACUUGAUGCUUAACGCCUACAAGAAAUCUAGAGUUCUAAUAUUUUGUUGCUGCCUAUGUUUUUACAAUGUACACUAUUAAUUUACUUUGUGUUCCUGUUGGAAUUCAGUAAAAGAUAUUACUGCCAGCGUUUUGGACUUCUAUGCUGAUAACUCGUACACUAUUUUAAAAGUCUGAUUGUUUUUUUGUUUGGUAUAUUUUUGGUUUUUUUAAGUUGGAAUCAUGCAAGGCAUGUAAGUACUAGCUGUUUCUGGUAAAGUGUACUAAUUGAAUUUGUGUUAUCUUGUACAUAGUACGACAUGGAAUUGUGAAUAAAAGUUUAAGAAUAAAAUAUGAUCUUGUAAA